UGUUCGAAUGGACUUUGCUCUGACUGAAUCCUGUUAUGGUGUUCGCACUUGAACUUGACACCGCUAAGCCGCUGCUAUUCACCUAAUGGGUCGACCUUAACGACUGUAAAAUGGAAAGAAAUGGCGGGAACCAGGGAGUGCGAAGAUCAACAGGAGCAGGGCGAGGAGUGCUCCUUUGUAUGGGAUGACGAAUCUCAACUCUACUUCCAUGCGAGUAGUGGAUUUUAUCAUGACCCAAAUGCGGGAUGGUACUACAGCAGUAGAGAUAACCUCUAUUACAAAUUUGAGAAUGGAAAUUACGUGCUGUUGGAAUCUAACAAGGCUGAGGAAUCCAGAGAUUGCCAAAGUGGAGAGGAUGUUUCUCUUUCUAACAUACAGUUGCAAGAUGAGCCAUGCCACACAGAGUGCAAUAACAAUGAUGAGGCUGAAAAUCCACCACCAACCUCAGAAUGGUUAGAGGACACACUUAUUGAGCUCUAUUUGACUGGUUAUUCCAAGUCAGCAAUCAAUGCUGCUGAUAUGGUGAUGCCCUUGGAAGUGUAUGAUGAGUCUAACUCAAAAUUAAGAAAUGAUGAUAGUUAUGAAAUAGAAGAAGGUGAAUGGAUCUGUGAAGACCUUCAAAAUGCAACUGAGUCUAGUUUUCAAGCCACUGAUGAAAGUGCUUCACAGGAUGAGGAAAGAUGGCGAGCUCAGUAUGGUCAAGUUGUACAAUCUGGGGAAGAUGACUUACCAGAUUUCCCUGUGGUAGAUUUAUGGGACUGGGCAAUGGUUAAAGACUCAUUCAAGAAGAAGCAUCAGAUAGUCAGGCUGGUUGGGAGACUGGUAAAACAGUCCACUAAGCUUCAUCCAUCUUUGCCUUCUGGUGGCGGUCUUCUGAAAACUGCUGCCAUAUGUGAAGUACAUCUUGAUCUGGUACGGGUUGCAUCAGGGGAAGUUUAUAAGUUGAGAAGUCCCAAUGCAAAAUACUUGGCUUCUUUAUCAACUUAUGAUUCUGCCAACCCAACAAAAGAUUGGGGCUUUCCUGAUCUAUUAGUUGACAAGCAAAGUCUCUUGUCUAAUCUCAAUGGAGGCUCUGAAUCUGGGAUCACAGAUCAAGUUGCUUUUGAAGAUUCAUCUUCACUGCCAAAUCAAAUCUCAGUAUUGAAGAAUAAGGGCAAGGCUUACAGGGAUAGAGCUGCUGAGAGAAGAGCCUUAUAUGGUGGUUUUGGAGUGGGCCCAGGCCAAAAGACUUCAGGGUUAGGUGAUACGGAUACAGAAUCACCCUCUUGUUCUGUUGAUACAGAAAUUGCUGCUUCUGCUGCUGAAGCCUUGAACAUGUCAUUUGGAGCUGGUAGUUAUGCCAGGCGAAUUUUAGAAAGCAUGGGUUGGAAAGAGGGUGAAGCUCUGGGAAACAGUACAAAAGGUUUACUAGAACCAUUACAAGCAGUUGGUAACAAAGGGUAUGCUGGACUAGGGUGGGAUCAAAGCCGGCAUAACUUCCUCUGAAACACACGAAACAUUGCUCCCAUACAAAGGCUUUGUACAAGCUCUUGCUCUGAUGAAAGUACGUAAUUGUAAACCGAGUUUCUAUUUUGUUUUUAAUGAACUCAUCGCUCCGUUGAAAUACCUUGUACCAAUUUUUAUUAGUCGUUUCCUUUUUGGUUGAUUAACAAGUACGGAUCAUCCAAAUUUCAGUUUUUUUCCUGAUUAUUAUACAACCGAACAUUCAAUAAGGCUGUGUUUGGUA